AUGGCAUCAGAGCUGGCAAUGAGCAACUCCGACCUGCCCACCAGUCCCCUGGCCAUGGAAUAUGUUAAUGACUUCGAUCUGAUGAAGUUUGAAGUAAAAAAGGAGCCGCUGGAGCCCGAUCGCAGCAUCAGCCAGUGCAGCCGCCUGGUCGCCGGGGGAUCCCUGUCUUCCACCCCGAUGAGCACGCCCUGCAGCUCGGUUCCCCCCUCUCCAAGCUUCUCGGCGCCCAGUCCGGGAUCAGGGAGCGAGCAGAAGGCGCACUUGGAGGAUUUCUACUGGAUGACCGGCUACCAACAGCAGCUCAACCCCGAGGCUCUGGGCUUCAGCCCGGAGGACGCCGUAGAGGCGCUGAUCAGCAGCAGCCACCCGCUCCAGAGCUUCGACGGCUAUGCCAGGGGGCAGCAGUUCGCCGGGGGGGCGGCGCCGGCGGGCGCCAUGGCCGGCGAGGAGAUGGGCUCGGCGGCCGCCGUGGUGUCGGCGGUCAUCGCCGCUGCCGCCGCGCAGACCGGCGCCCCCCACCACCACCAUCAUCACCACCACCACCACGCGGGGGCACACCACCCGUCCUCCGGGUCCGGGUCCCAGUCCGGCGGCGGCGGAGGAGGAGGCGGAAGCGGCGGCGGCGCGGGGGGGAACCACCACCACAACCACCACCAUCACCACCACCCGCACCUGCGCCUGGACGAGCGCUUCUCGGACGAGCAGCUGGUGACCAUGUCGGUGCGGGAGCUCAACCGGCAGCUCCGCGGGGUCAGCAAGGAGGAGGUCAUCCGCCUCAAGCAGAAGAGGAGGACGCUAAAGAACCGCGGCUAUGCCCAGUCGUGCCGCUACAAGCGGGUGCAGCAACGGCACGUCCUGGAGGGCGAGAAGACGCAGCUCAUCCAGCAGGUGGACCACCUCAAGCAGGAGAUCUCCCGGCUGGCUAGGGAGAGGGACGCCUACAAAGAGAAGUACGAGAAGCUCAUCACCACCGGCUUCCGAGAAAACGGAGGCUCCGGCAGCGACCACAACCCCUCAUCCCCGGAGUUUUUCAUGUGA